AUGGGUAUUUGCCACUCGACGUGCUGCGGAGGGCGAGCCCGCGAUGGCCUCUACGAGCCCGCGCUCGCCGACAGUGAGCGAGAGGCAGUCGCCGAUCUGCUCCAGUAUCUCGAAAACCGCGGCGAGACCGACUUCUUCUCCGGCGAACCGCUCCGAGCCCUGAGCACGCUGGUCUUUUCCGAAAACAUUGACCUACAACGCAGCGCCAGCUUGACCUUUGCCGAAAUCACAGAACGAGAUGUCCGCGAAGUCGACCGCGAUACCCUCGAGCCCAUCUUGUUUCUGCUACAGAGCCCCGAUAUCGAGGUACAGAGAGCGGCCAGUGCAGCGCUUGGAAACCUCGCCGUCAACACCGAAAACAAAGUACUUAUUGUCCAGCUUGGCGGCUUGACUCCUCUCAUCCGACAGAUGCUGUCGCCAAAUGUCGAAGUCCAGUGCAACGCCGUGGGAUGCAUCACAAACUUGGCUACGCACGAAGAGAACAAGGCCAAGAUUGCCCGGUCAGGGGCUUUGGGUCCCUUGACCAGACUGGCCAAGAGCAAGGAUAUGCGAGUCCAGAGGAAUGCCACCGGAGCUCUCCUGAACAUGACACACUCUGACGAGAACCGGCAACAGCUUGUCAACGCCGGCGCCAUUCCCGUCCUUGUCCAGCUUCUGUCUUCUCCAGAUGUCGACGUCCAAUACUAUUGCACGACCGCUCUGAGUAACAUCGCCGUUGAUUCCAACAACAGGCGGAAACUGGCUUCUUCAGAGGCAAAGCUCGUCCAGUCCCUCGUCAAUCUCAUGGACUCGUCGUCGCCCAAGGUGCAAUGCCAGGCCGCUUUGGCUCUCCGCAACUUGGCAUCCGACGAAAAGUACCAGUUGGAUAUUGUACGAGCCAACGGACUGCACCCACUGCUUCGCCUCCUCCAGUCAUCAUACCUCCCUCUCAUCCUCUCCGCCGUCGCCUGUAUCCGCAACAUCUCAAUCCACCCCAUGAACGAGUCUCCCAUUAUCGAGGCCAACUUCUUGAAGCCCCUGGUUGAUCUCCUGGGCUCCACCGACAACGAAGAGAUCCAGUGCCACGCCAUCUCAACGCUACGAAACCUGGCUGCCAGCUCGGAUCGCAACAAGGCGCUCGUGUUGGAAGCCGGAGCCGUGCAGAAGUGCAAGCAACUGGUGUUGGACGUUCCCGUUACCGUCCAGUCGGAAAUGACAGCCGCCAUUGCCGUCCUUGCCCUGAGCGACGACCUCAAGUCUCACCUGUUGAACCUCGGAGUAUGCGACGUCUUGAUUCCCCUUACCCACUCGGAGAGCAUCGAAGUACAGGGCAACAGCGCUGCUGCCCUGGGUAACCUGUCUUCCAAAGUUGGCGACUACUCCAUUUUCGUCCAGAACUGGAACGAGCCCAACGGUGGCGUCCACGGAUACCUGUGCCGAUUCCUGCAGUCUGGCGACGCCACUUUCCAGCACAUUGCUGUCUGGACACUGCUGCAGCUGUUCGAAUCUGAAGACAAGACGCUGAUUGGCCACAUCGGAAAGGCCGACGACAUAAUCGAAAACAUUCGAGGCAUUGCCAACCGCCAAGUCGAAGCGGACCCCGAGGCGGAAGAGGAGGACGAAGGAGAAGUCAUCAACCUGGCGCAGCGAUGCCUCGAGCUUCUUGGCCAGAGCAGCCAAUCAAAAGCACACAUCGAAGGCUAA